AUGACGGAGUUGAGACCUAUGUUUGUGCACUUGAGUUUAGAUAGUGAUGGUGGUUUGAAGGUUGUAGGUGCCACAAGAUGUGGAUUUAAGGCAAGCGAUCCUUAUCGAGUCUAUAGCAGCCCUUAUGUUACACAUCCUGGUGGUGGAAAGAUGUAUCAUGAUCUUCGUGGGAUUUAUUGGUGGUCUGGGUUGGAGCGUGAAGUUGCGGAUUUUGUGGGAUCUGAGGUUUACUUCAAGGUUUUGGAAGAGUUUGCAAAAAGGCUUUGGGAUCGAAGCUUACUUCCAACGAAGGUAGAUGAAAAGCAUGUUGUUAGACCAGAUCUAGUUUCUAAAACCAAAAAGAAAGUAAAGUUAAUAUGUGAAAGGUUGAAAGCCGCAACAGGUAGAGAGAAAUCUUAUGCGAAUUUGAAUCGUCGAGAUAUAGAGUUUCAAGUUGGUAAUAAGGUCUUCUUGAAACUUUCUCCAUGGAAAGAGGUUUUGAGGUUCGAUAGGAAGGGUACGUUGAGUCCAAGGUACGUUGAGCAAAUCCAUGAUAUUUUUCAUGUGUCUAUGCUUUGGAAGUAUCAUUCAGAUCCGUCGCAUAUUGUGCCAGUAGAGGAGAUUGAGGUUCAACCUAAUCUCACUUUUGAUGAGGAGCCAAUAGAGAUUUUAGAUCAUGAAGUGAAAGUGUUGCAAAACAUGAGAGUCUCGUUGAUUAAAGUUUUGUGGUGCAACCACAAAAUGGAAUAG